AUGAUUGAGGCGAUCACGAAGGCGGACCCUCUGUUCGGGCCGGGAGUAGAGGCCAUGCCGCGACCUCUCUCCUCCCACCCGGGGCAGACCUACGUCCGCAUUGUGGAGCAGCCCGCCGGGAAGGCGCUCAGGUUCCGGUACGAGUGCGAGGGUCGGUCUGCCGGCUCCAUCCCCGGGGUGAACAGCACCCUCGAGAGGAAGACCUACCCCACCAUAGAGAUAGUGGGAUACAAGGGGGAUGCGGUCGUCGUGGUCUCCUGCGUCACCAGGGAACAGCCCUAUAGACCUCACCCCCACAACCUGGUGGGUCGCGAGAGGUCGUGCGAGAACGGAGUGUGCACCGUGAAGAGGAGCAUCAGUGAGGAGUCACCGCAGGUGUCCUUCAGCAACCUGGGGAUACAAUGUGUCAAGAGGAAGGACAUCGCGGAGGCGCUCAAGACCAGGGAGAGGCUGAGGGUCGACCCCUUCAAGACCGGCUUCGGUCACCGCAACAAGCCGCAGAGCAUCGACCUGAACACGGUCCGGCUCUGCUUCCAAGUGUUCCUCCCUGACGAGCGGACCGGCAAGAUCAAGCACUCGCUGCCGCCGGUCGUGUCCGACGUGAUCUACGACAAGAAGGCCAUGAGCGACCUGGUCAUCAUGAGGGUCAGCCAGUGCUCCGACUUCGUGAAGGGCGGCGCCGAGAUCAUCCUGCUGUGCGAGCGGGUGACGCGCGAGGACAUCGCCGUGGUGUUCUUCCAGAAGGAGGGAGACAGCGUGGUGUGGGAGGAGAGCGCGCACAUCGUGCUCGUGCACAGGCAGUACGCCAUAGCCUUCCACACGCCGCCCUACAGGGACCAGGCGGAGACGGGACACGUGCAGGUGUAUCUCCAGCUGAAGCGGAUCUCGGACAACGCCCGCAGCAACGCCGUGCCCUUCGAGUACAUCCCGGAAUACCAAGGUACCGUCCGUAAGCCCGUCCCCGACCUUAGCGUCUUCUCUCUCCUCCUCUCACCCGACGGUAACAACAACGAAAGCAACAUAGCUGAGGAGACGCUCUCGGAGAAAGACGGGGCGCCGGCCGCCGAGCUGGUGACCUCCACCAGCGACGUCGAGCCCGCCCUGGACACCGCCAUGGACGUGGACUCCAACGAGAAGAGUCUGGACGACCUGUUGGAGCAGGUGGCCGAGCUCGACGAGAUAUACUGCGAGAACAGAACUAGAAUGGAGGCCGGGCCGAGGGACCACGACACGGACCCCGAGGAGUUCGACGACGCGGGCACCUACACCAGCCUGCAGCUGGCCUUCAAGAACCCCGUCACCAUCGCCGAGCCCGAGAACUACGAGGACGUGCAGCCGCCUGCGCACACCUACCGCGGACCCAUCAUCGAGUUCACGCCGCUCAAGCCCGAGGCGGAGGAGGCGCCGCCGCUGCCUCCCAAGAGGGUCCGGAAGACCAGCGAGUCCUUCAAGACCAGCCAGACCUCCGUGGACGGCAUCCUCAAGCCGGGCCGCCGUCUGCCGCUCACACGCAACCCUGAGGCGGCCGGCGGGACCGGGCCCGAGCUGACGACGGCCCGCAGCGAGCCCGCCCUGCCGCCCGCACCCAAGAAAAGAUCGUUCUUCUCGAGACUGUUCCGAAGAAGAGACAAGUCGCCCGCGCCCAGUGUCAAGUCCGAGGGCAAGCGGGAGGCGCGGGGCAGCCGGCCGGUUGGGCGGUCCGUGAGCAGCGUGUCGGGGCUGCGGCCGGCCAGGUUCAAGUCGUCCGCCUCGCUGAAGGACAGCGCGUCGCUGGCGUGCGCGGACAGCGUGACGCGCAUCUCUCUGCACGAGGACGAGCCGUCCCGCGCGCCCAGCGUGCCGGCCGACCUGCCGCCCGACGGGACCAUCCUGGUGGCGGAGAGCGUGCUCGCUCUAGACGCGGACUCGUUCCGGCGCCUGCGGGACGACCUGGAGCUCACAGAGGCGGAGCACUACGCGCUGUACAUGGCCGUGGCGCCGCACGCCACCGCCUCCGAGUUCGACGACACCAGCUGCUACUACUCGCCCCAUAAGAGGUUGAAGAAGUUACCCUCGGUGUUGCAUACCUCCUACGACACAGACAGAAACUACCAAGGGGAUCAGAAGAUUAAAGCGGAACCCAGAGAUAAAACUCCCCCCCACAACGCGGCCAGCCCCCUGCGAGUGUUCUCUCCGCACUAUGAACAGGAACAGAUGCAGCAAGACCACUACCAGCAGCAGGCCUGGGGAAUGCAAGGCGGUUUAAACAUGGCCGGGCCGAGCCAUAUCAACUACGGGCAGGACCUGCAGUGGAGUCCGAACUACGUCCAGCUAGGGUCCAACCUCCAGCCUCUCUCACCCAACAUGACGACCCUGACCUCCAACAUGCAGCAGAUGUCCAGCCUGCAACCUCUGUCACCGAAUAUGCAAAGGAUGUCCCCGAAUAUGCAGGCUAUGUCCCCGAAUAUGCAGGCGCUAUCGCCCAAUAUGCAAGCGAUGUCUCCAAAUAUGCAAGCCAUGUCUCCGAAUAUGCAAGCCAUGUCUCCGAAUAUGCAAGCUAUGUCUCCGAAUAUGCAAGCCAUGUCACCCAAUAUGCAAGCCAUGUCACCCAACAUGCAACCCAUGUCUCAAAACAUGCAAGGCAUGUCUCAAAACAUGCAGGGCAUGCCGCUGGGUAUGUCUCCGUUGCUGGAGCCGCUGGGCGAGACUCUGACGUCAUCGGAGCUGUCCGGAUUUGCCGCGCUACUGGAUCGAGGACCCGACCUUAGCGACAGUCUCAACCGCCUCUCCACUGGCGACCUCUACCCCAUAUGUAGCGGAGACUAG